AUGGCCGAACACAGGAUAGACUCGUCUAAAUUACCACCUAAUAUACGCGAGAAGUUGUCCGAACUGGAGCAGGAGUUGAAGGAAGGGGACAUUACACAUAAAGGUUAUGAAAAGAAGAAGCAUAAAUUGAUGGAGCCCUUCGUGCAUCAAAUAGAAGUUUCAGAACAGGCAAGUGCUGCAGUGGCCCUCAAACGCAGCGGUAAAAGUCGCCGAUAUGAGCAUCAUGAACCGGAAAAUAGAUAUCGCUCAGAUGUUCGAGAGGAGGCUGUCAAGGUUGCACUGGCUAAGCACCGAGAGCGAGAGAUGCCUCUUCCUAUGCCAUCCAAACGUCAGUCUUUCCACUCCAGUGCCGUGCCCAUAGAAACUCCUCCAGAUUCCGACACGGAUGACGAUUCUCGAUCCUCGACUUCAUCGCUCAACCGCCUCGGGGAUCGGAAAACUGGCAGUCGGCCGACAUCUGCAGGGAGUUUCCGCUUGCCUGGAAUGGAGCCAGGAUUCAGUGAAAUGGUGAACCGGCAGGCUGCUGCCAAUGGCCACCUGGCCAGGGGAGGUGCAAGGAGAUUAGAUGUGGCUAGUAAUAUGACGAGUUCUUCCAUGCCUGCCUCCCAGCCCCCUCCUGAUGUCACCACUAGCUCAGGCUACAUCGCUGCACGGCAGAUUGAAGAUGAUGAGGAAGAAGAUGAGGAUGAAGAAGAUGGUGCAUCAUACAGGCCCAUACCAAACAGCAAAGUGUCGGCCAAAAUUCAACAGCUAUUGAACACCCUCAAGAGACCAAAGAGGAAACCUCUGCAAGAAUUCUUCCAGGAAGACGAUGACGAGUUACAAGUGACUGAAAUGGACCCCAAUGCUCCUAAACCGGAAGGGAACACUAUUACGCCAGCCAUAGGAGAACAACUCAACAUACCAACAGGCUUGCCAAGAAACCUGGAGUCUGCCUUACAGAGGUAUGGCACUGCACAUCAGAAGGCCAAUGUGGUCACCUCGCUGGAUGCCAACGGCAAAGUCAACUGCACACUGACAUAUGGCAAGCUGCUGACCAGAGCCAACAAACUUGCUUUUCACUUGCUGCAUAAGAUCGGAGGGAAAGGAGAUCCACAACUCAGACCCGGUGACAGAGUUGCCCUUGUGUUCCCAAAUUCCGACCCUGCUGGAUUCAUUACUGCAAUGUACGGAUGCCUCAUCGCCAACGUCGUACCUGUAGCUAUUGAUGUGCCGCUUUCUCGAAAGGAUGCUGGUAGCCAGCAGAUUGGCUUUCUGCUGGGAAGCCUUGGUAUCACAGUCUCCUUGACUUCCACCGUGUGUCUGAAGGAGCUGCCCAAGACGCAGCAAGGGGAAAUCAUCAGGUUUAGAGGAUGGCCCAAGAUGAACUGGCAGGUCAUAGAUCAUUUGAACAGACCGGCCAAGGAUUGGCAGAUCCCACCACGGAUGGCUGACGAUGCACCUGCUUACAUCGAGUACACCACUGACAAAGAUGGCAGUGUCAUGGGCGUGACGGUCACAAGGAAAGCCAUGCUGUACCAUUGUCGCACGCUGACUGUGGGUUGCAACUUCUCUGAAUCUGAGACCAUGGUCAAUGUGCUGGAUUUCAAGAGAGAUGUUGGCCUUUGGCACAGCAUACUAGCAAGCGUGUUUAACGGAAUGCACGUCAUCUUUGUGCCCUACUCGCUGAUGAAGGUGAAUCCAGCUUCUUGGAUGCACAUGGUCACCAAAUAUAAAGCAUCUCUUGCCGUGGUCAAAUCCCGUGACAUGCACUGGGGCCUGAUGGCACAGAAGGAGCAUAAGGACAUUAAUCUCAGUAACCUACGCAUGCUGCUUGUGGCAGAUGGUGCUAACCCAUGGUCUCUGUCUUCAUGUGAUGCAUUCCUGAGUACCUUUCAGACUCGAGGAUUGAAACCAGAGGUCAUGUGCCCUUGUGCCUGUGCCCCAGAAGCUCUGACUGUGUCCUUGCGCAGGCCCGGUAAGACUGGAAGCACGGCCUCGGGUCGUGGCGUGUUAUCUAUGGCUGGACUCAGCUAUGGCGUGGUUCGCGUUGACACAGACGACAAGCUUACAUCUCUAACUCUGCAAGAUGUUGGAGUUGUCAUGCCAGGAUCUGCCAUGGUAGUGGUCAAGGUGGAGGGGCCACCAGUGUUGUGCAAGACAGAUGAAAUAGGGGAACUGUGUGUGGCCUCAGAGGCUGUAGGAGCCUCCUACUGGGGGCUGAGGGGAAAGACAAACACAACAUUCAAUGUUAUUCCACUGAGUGAUGACGGCAGCGAUGUCAGCAGUGAGCGCUUUGUCAGAACCGGUCUCCUGGGCUUCCUGGGACCUGGUGGCUUGGUGUUUGUGUGUGGUAAGGUGGAUGGCCUGAUGGUGUGUGGUGGCAGACGACACAACACAGACGACAUCAUUGCCACAGUGCUGGCUGUCGAACCCAUGAAGUUCAUCUUCCGGGGGAGAAUUGCAGUAUUCUCGAUCAAGGUCUUGAGAGAUGAACGUGUGGUCAUCAUAGCCGAACAGAGACCCGAAGCAACGGAAGAAGAGUGUUUCCAGUGGAUGAGUCGUGUGUUGCAAGCCAUAGACAGCAUUCACCAGGUCGGUGUGUACUGCUUGGCACUGGUCCCGCCAAACUCCCUACCCAAGACCCCUCUUGGAGGCAUUCAUCUGUCGGACACAAAGCACCGAUUUCUGGAAGGCUGUCUCCACCCUACUAAUGUCUUGAUGUGCCCUCACACUUGUGUGACCAAUCUGCCCAAACCACGUACCAAGCCAGGGGAUAUUGGCCCAGCAUCGGUCAUGAUGGGCAACCUGGUGGCUGGCUCACGGAUAGCCGGAGCAGCGGGUCGGGACAUCGGAUCAUUGGAUGAUGAGACUGACGCUGCGAAGAAGUAUCAGUUUCUGUCUGAGGUAUUGAAAUGGCGUGCACAGAGUACUCCAGACCACGUACUCUUCACUCUUCUGAACAAUAAGGGAGCUGUUUCGCUUGCCCUUACCUGCAGUCAGCUGCACAAGAAGGCUGAAAGGAUCGGAGCUUUGCUCCAGGAAAAGGGGCGCGUCAACACGGGUGACCACGUUGCCUUAAUCUUCCCCCCUGGUAUUGACCUCAUCGCUGCCUUCUAUGGUUGUCUUUACAGUGGUGCUGUUCCAGUGACUGUGCGCCCUCCCCACCCCCAGAACCUUGUGACAACCCUUCCCACAGUGCGCAUGAUUGUUGAGGUCAGCAAGUCCAUUGCUGUCUUGUCAACGGCAGCAGUCAUCAAACUUCUGAAGUCAAAGGAGGCUACAGGUACAGUUGAUGUCAAGACCUGGCCCCAGCUCAUGGACACAGACGACCUGCCGAAGAAGAAACUUGGCGGUGUGUACAGGGCUCCAACUGCUGAGAUGAUGUGUUACAUGGACUUCAGUGUGUCCACAACUGGCAUGCUAGCAGGUGUCAAGAUGUCACAUGCCUCCGCUAGCGCAGUUUGUCGAUCUCAGAAACUUGCCUGUGAGCUGUAUCCCUCCAGGGUUGUGUGUCUCUGUCUGGAUCCCUACAGUGGCUUGGGGUUUGUCCUCUGGGUGCUCAGCAGCGUGUAUUCAGGUCAUCAGUCGAUCCUGAUCCCUCCUGCAGAGAUAGAAACAAACCCUUCGCUGUGGCUGUCUGCAUUGAGCCAACACAAAGUGAGGGACACGUUUUGUUCUUACUCGGUGCUUGAGCUUUGCACAAAGGGACUGGGACAGUCCACAGGAACGCUCAAGGCCAAGGGGAUCAACUUGUCCGCUGUACGGACUUGCGUCAUCGUGGCUGAAGAGAGGCCCAGGAUUGCGCUGACCAACUCCUUCAGCAAGCUCUUCCGCAGCCUGGGACUCUCUGCCCGAGCAGUCAGUACGUCCUUCGGCUGCCGAGUCAAUGUUGCUAUUGGGUUACAGGGGGCCUCAAGUCCAGACCCAACCCAGGUUUACUGUGACAUGAGAGCGCUACGCAAUGACAGGGUGACUAUUGUGGAGAAGGGCAGUCCACAGAGUGUAUGCCUCAUGGAAUCGGGCAAGAUUCUACCUGGGGUGAAGGUUGUGAUUGCCCAUCCAGAAACCAUGGGACAAUGUGCUGACUCGCAUCUCGGAGAGAUUUGGGUCAAUAGCCCACACUCAUCCUGUGGCUACUACACAAUCUACGGCGACGACUCUCUACGCAGCGACCACUUCAAUGCCCGGCUGUUGACUGGAGAUACACACACGACAUUUGCCAGGACGGGCUAUCUGGGCUUCAUCAAGAGAACUGACCUGACCCAGGCCGACGGAGAUCGACAUGAUGCACUGUUUGUUGUUGGUUCCCUGGAUGAGACAUUGAUGAUGCGUGGGAUGAGAUACCACCCGAUUGACAUCGAGAACACAGUCCUCCGAUGUCACAAGAAUGUCUGUGAAUGUGCUGUCUUCACAUGGACCAACCUUCUGGUGGUGGUCGUGGAGCUGGACGGCAAGGAAUCAGAGGCCCUGGACCUGGUCCCCCUGGUCACCAACGCGGUCCUGGAGGAGCACUAUCUGAUCGUUGGCGUGGUGGUCAUGGUGGAUCCGGGGAUCAUACCCAUCAAUUCUAGAGGAGAGAAACAACGCAUGCACCUGCGGGACGGCUUCCUGGCCGACCAGCUGGAUCCCAUCUACGUGGCCUACAACAUGUAAACCAAACUCUCUAAUCAAAGCCCCCAAUCUUCAUGGAGUAGCUCAGCACAGAAAUUUCCUAAGCAAAGAAUUUUGGUAAGCACAGAAGUUGCAAGGCACAGAAUGACUAGCAAAAACAUGUUGCCAAUCAAAAUACCACCCGGUGUCUUGUAUUCGUAACUGGUUCUUAGCUAAGCACAAAACAUUUGCUCCGCAAUAUUUUUUGCUGAGCUGCUCCACAAAUUAAAUCCAUGACUUCUACAUAAAAAAGGACUUCGCCAAACUAGUGUCAGUCCUGUUCCACAUCAUUUAUUAAUCAGUGGUGCAAGAAGAAAUCUCUCAUAGAGCUACAUAAGCCCCAACCCUUUGAGGCCUUGUUUUUCCAGUAGGUCCCAAUCCUCCUUAAUCCACCACUGUGCAGGAACACUUUUGACAUUGGGUAUCCAGCCCUAUGUAAACUAACAGUGGUUGUACAUUCUCAAUCCUCUAAAAAACACACCAAUGGUUUUGAGUGAUUUGGCCAUGAGAAAAUCAGGGGUUAAAAGAAAAACUGGAGUGCUUAGAGUAUGCAGUGUAGCCAAAGGGUUUUGGCUACACUGCAUGCACUGCACACUGAUCUACCUGUUGCCAUAUCCUUCAAAAGCAUAGUCUCUGCACAAACAUAUGGAAACUUGAUAAAAAUGUGGGUACUGUUUAUCAAGAUUGCAUUUGUAUUCCUAGUUAUGCAUUAAAGAACUCAGUACAGGUUCUUAAUGUUGUGGCCUAACAGAAAGUAAAUACAAACUUUCACCUAAAAGGAAACUCAUGGAGGUUAGAAACGCGGUGCCAUCUUUUAGAAGUAAUGAAAUUUAUAAAUUUGUCCAUGGUUUCUGUACAAUACACACACUUUGCAAUCAAUCUUUCUAAUAGAAUCCCACCUGGUAUAAUUUAGGAUCAGAUACUGUCUGCUAGUUGCAUAAAGAGUGCCACAUUUAAAAUCUUACUCAGACAUCUCCUUUGGUUUAAGUGUGCAAAUUAACAUAGUAGCAUAAAGGUAGAGUUAAGAAACGCAGGCGGAAGGCAAAGUCAAAUCGACACGUGGAGCUGGAGACUACAGAAAUGUGAUGCCUUAACCUCAUACACAUCGCUGUUUGUGUGAUAUAGUCUUUCAAGUGAUUAACCAUUUUACGUAGCUUAGUGACUCCAUUUAUUCAAGUGCACUGGUUAUUGAAAUUCAUCCUCAUAGUUUAUAGAUAAUGUGCUUAACCUGAGGACUUUUGCUUCAAGUUGUGUCUGGCAAAAAGUAGCGAAAUGACUCAGAAAUCAUAUUGUAGACAGUUGAAGUUUUUUGCCCAGACCGAACACUUUGCAGAUAAACUGAACUGAUGACGAUGUGAACUUCAUCUGAGUCUAUAAUUACAACAUAUUGAUAUCUGGGUAGCUGUCUAGAGAAGUAAAAACAAAUCACAUGACUUGGCUGAGUUGUUGAGAAUAGUUACAUGUACAUUGUGGGUUAAAUUUCACUUAUUUGAAUUUCAAGUAAUAUGAUAUAGUAAUAUAAAGAAACGCGUGCAAAUGUUGCCAAAAGAUUUAGAUACCCAAAUGAAGAUUGUAGACUUUACAUAUUACAUUUAGUGUGUGCAUUGGAAAUAAUACAGCAGACGCACUUUCCUGGGAGUUGGGGCGGGUAUACAUCUAGUCAACUUCUGAAAAAAUUCGCCAUUUUGUUGGUGAUAAUAUUAACCAAUAUUCUAUGGACUUUCUGAUAUUAUUGAAAAAAAUCUCACAUCUCUCUAUGAUACGAAUAACUUCUAACUUUUUAAAACUGCAGCACCUAGCAUAUCCCGCCACCUUCUUCCCACAGACAACCAGUGCCAGAAUUUUUACGUAUAUGAAUAUUUGCAAACAGUUUUUA